AUGAGUGCAGUAAGUGAAGGUGUGUUAAUCGUUGCUGCUCUUCUGAGACAAGAAAUAUUGAGAAAUCGUCGUAAAAAGAGGUGUUGUAUCAAAAAAUGGAUGGCAAGAAGAGGAGUUCUUGGAGCUUCUAACAAUCUUUGUGUAGAAUUACAAAUAGAAAAUGAAGAUGACUUUAAGAACAUGUUACGUGUCAACAGAACCCAGUUUUAUUAUUUAUUAGAUAAAAUUGGUUCUUCUAUACAAAGGCAAAAUACAACAAUGCGUAAUGCUAUUCCUGCUCGAACAAAACUAGAAAUAGCAUUAAAAUAUUUGGCAACUGGAGAUUCGUUUGGUACACUGUCACAAUUAUUUAGAGUACCUAGGAGUACUAUAAGUACAUUCUUGGUCGAAGUUCUUGAAGCUAUUUACUCUGUAUUAGAAGAUUUUAUAAAGGUGAGUUCGAAAUAA